AUGCUGCCAAGUCAACGGUCUAAAAAGAAGUUUCAUCACAAGUCUAAGAAUGGCUGCUCCAAUUGCAAGCGACGCAAAGUCAAGUUGGAAUGCCAAUAUGACAUUAAUCCAGUCUUACCGGCAUCUUCACUUGCAACAGCACCGAUUGCCCCGCUGAAGCCUGGACGAGGCCGGCCGCGUAAGAACUGGUCUUGUCAGGACUCCUCACUCCGAUCCAACCUCCAGUCAGAAACCAGCGUGUCACCCCAGCCUCCAGAAACAGAAACAGAGCUGAACAUGGCCCAAGCCGAGCUAUUGCGUCAAUUCAUCAUCUUUACUGGACCAAAUCUCGGCGGCUCUGAUGAUCCACAUCACCCGAUUGUCCAGUUCUGGUCACGAGAUGCAACCUUGCUUGCCGCGUCGUAUCCUUAUCUACUCCAUCUAUGUCUCUCUUUUGCGGCGUACCACCUGGCAUAUCUAGCAUCCAACACUUCACCGGAAAGGUCACGCUAUAUUGCCUUGGCUAAAGAUCACUUCUCUAUCGGGUUGACCCAGACAAAUGAAGCGUUGUCGCGAAUAGACGUCUCAAAUUGUGGCAGUCUGUAUGUUUCAACUGUGCUGGUUUGCUUCUGUGUAUUUGCAGCAGGUCCUACGGGGUCUGAAGAUCUAUUCGUGUGUCCAGCCGACGGCAACUCGCCUCAUAGCUCCCUUUCAUUAGCCCGUGGCACAAGACUUAUACGACAGCUUUUCGAAGAAAAGGUAUUGUUCUCUGGGCUUACGGAGGCGCUCGGUAACGGUAAGGCGCCUCCUGACGACCCCCGCCCAACCUACAUCUGCGAAGGCUUUACUCGGGUUGAUUGGGCUGGCCCGAUUGAGAAGCUACGCAGUCUAAUUGUUUCAUGUUCACACCUGCGCAAGGAAGACUUUGCACGAUCUCUAGAAGCCAUCGCCAGUAUCUACGAAGCCACGUUUGGUAAUGCAGACGGGUCCAUCAAAUGCCCACUGCACUACAAGAGAGUUCUUAUCUGGGUUUACAUGAUGGAAGAUACCUUCAUUGACUCCCUGCAGUCCAAAGACUCUGUAGCUCUAUUGAUACUAGCCUAUUACGCACCUUUGGUUCAGACUAUGAAGAAAGCUUGGUUUAUACAUGGCUGGGCUGAUCAUAUUCUUUUUUGGCCAAAAGAAGCAGUAAAGGCAAUAUGA